AUGACUUAUUUGAACAAUAAUUCAUCAGCAGACGAUGGUGUCGUGAAAUCAGAAGUGGAUGAAGAUCAACCGGAGAAGAAACGUGUUCGACUGGAUCGUCAUCAUUCAACGAAUUCUUCUAAUAACUCGUCCAGUGCUGCGGGUACCCCGUCGGCAAAACGUUCGCUAGUUGACGAAACACAACCACCCACCACACCAUUACGUAAAAAUGGUUUCUGCUAUGCCACUCAGCCGAAC